UCAUUAUUUGUUCAUUGUUCUAUAGUUCCUAUUGACUCGACUAAAGGAAUCAAGAUGUUAUAUGUAUUUGUGGACAUAAAGCUGGAUGCCACACAUUUUGUCAAUACAGUCAGACACAAUUUUGAAGCUGGAAAGUCACUUGCACUUUUGAGCACAAUCCAGUUUGUGACAACACUUCAAGUAUGUAUUAAAUGAUUACACUGAUAGGACAGGGAUCAUGUUUAUUGUAGGUACAGUACUCUCGACUGAAUAUAUUGGUAGAGAGUUGGUCGAUACUUAACCAAUAUAUUGGUUGACAGUCGGUCGACAGUCGGAUGACUGACUGCUUCUUCUGGAUGGGAGGAGCAUCUCACAUGGUUCUCUAUCAGGCAUUUUGUCAAGUUUCCAUGACAACUCACUGGUACCCAUUUCUCUCCAAGCUAGAGAGAGGGGAGAGAGAAUGCAACACAGUGACUUGGCUGAGACUUAAACCCUGUGGUUUGGACCCAGUGUCUCCUUUUAUUGUGUUCAUACUUUCAAAUAAUUUUGACAUAUAUGUAUUUAAUUUGUUGUUUACCCAGGCUGUAUAUCAAGACCUGUGUAAAGAUUAUCAGGUAGAGAUUCCGCAGUGUAAACCAUUGUCACCUGGAGAGAUUCUGGGCUGCACUGCUCCCAGAAUAAAACACAAGGAUGCAUUCAUGUAA